AUGUCCGACGCUGAUACAGAGAAGAAGACUGCUGAGGCCUCAACAACGGCGGGUCCCGACGACCACGAGCCCGUGUUUGAUACCGGCCUGACGCCAUGGCUGCAGGUGUUUGGUGCAUGGUUCCUUUUCUUCAACUCAUGGGGCGUCAUCAACACCUGGGGAGCCUUCCAGACAUACUACGAACAGACCAUCCUGUCUGAUACACCGUCAUCCUCCAUCGCCUGGAUUGGAUCCCUGCAGUCCUUCCUGCUGAUGCUAUUCGGCGUCGUCACCGGCCCCCUCUUCGACGCGGGCUACUUCCGCGCCCUCCUCGGGUUCGGCACCAUCGUGCUGCCAUUCGGCCUGAUGAUGGCCAGUAUCUCGUCCCAGUUCUGGCACCUCAUCCUCGCGCAGGGGAUCUGCGUCGGUCUGGCAGCCGGCUGUCUGUUCGUCCCCUCGGUGGCCGUCCUCCCCCAGUACUUCCAGCGAAAGCGUGGUCUAGCCAACGGCAUCGCCGCCUCCGGGAGCAGCAUCGGCGGCGUCAUCUACCCGAUCAUGUUCAACCAGCUGCAGCAACAAGUAGGGUUCCCGUGGGCGACGCGCGCCAUCGCCUUCGUCUGCUUCGGCACCUGCCUCAUCAGCUUCAGCAUCAUGCGCAUGCGCUUCCAGCCCAAACAGAAGCGCAAGCUCGUCCAGCUAUCCGCCUUCAAGGAGCCCACCUUCUGCCUCUUCUGCCUCGGCAUGUUCCUCGGCUUCCUGGGGUUCUACAACUUCCUCUUCUACGUCCAGUCCUACGCCAUCGAAACAGACAUCGUCGACUCCCACCUAGGCUUCUACCUCCUCGCCAUGCUCAACGCCGGAUCUACCUUCGGCCGCGUCUUCCCUAACCUCGUCGCAGACCACAUCGGGCCCCUCAACGUCCUCACCCCCGCCGUCACAGCAACCGCCAUCCUCGCCUUCGCCUGGCUCGGCGUCCACAACGUCCCGGGCAUCAUCGUCCUCGCUGUCCUCUACGGUCUCACCUCGGGCGGGUUCGUCUCCCUGCCCCCGGUCGUGAUGAUCACUCUGACCAAGGACCUGGGCGAUCUGGGAACCCGUCUGGGUAUGGUGUUUGCAACCACUUCCAUCGGCCUGCUGAUUGGGACACCCAUCGGCGGGGCCAUCCUCAGCAAUACGCACCAGUAUAUGGGCGUCCAGCUGUUCACGGCGUGCUGUCUCAUUGCCUCGGCCGCGGUGUUUGCCACGCUGCGGUUCAUCCGCACGGGGGCGCAUCUUCGCAUUCGAACAUAG